AGCGCAGGCGGCGGGAUCUCUCUUCCUUUUACCGCCAUCGGAGCGGAGUGUCUUUCUUCCCCGGGACCUCUUCACUGCGCAGCGCCGCUUCACCAGCCCAGCCUCCGGUCACAUAGCAAAGCAUCACUUCAGACUCAGCUAAGAUGGCAGACAUCGACAACAAAGACCAGGCGGAGAUGGACCCGGCAGAUAUGGAGGAUGUGGAGGAAGUGGAAGAGGAGGAAACGGGAGAAGAUGAAAACAGCAAAGCUCGUCAGCUGACUGUGCAGAUGAUGCAGAAUCCACAGAUCCUGGCUGCGCUCCAGGAGAGGCUGGACGGUCUGAACGGCUCGCCGUCAGGCUACAUGGAGAGUUUACCGAAGGUUGUAAAGAGACGUGUGAACGCCCUCAAGAACCUGCAGGUCAAAUGUGCCCACAUUGAGGCCAAGUUCUACGAAGAAGUACAUGAACUGGAGAGAAAGUACGCGGCCCUCUACCAGCCCCUCUUCGACAAAAGAAGUGACAUCGUGAAAGCAGCUUAUGAGCCCACAGAUGAGGAGUGCGAGUGGAAGGCAGAUGAGGAGGAAGAGCUGACAGUAAGUAAGAAGGAUGAGAUGAAGGAGAAGGCGAAGUUGGAGGAAGAGAAGAAGGACGAGGAGAAGGAAGACCCCAAAGGCAUCCCCGAGUUCUGGUCAACUGUUUUCAAAAACGUGGACCUGCUCAGCGACAUGCUGCAGGAACACGAUGAGCCCAUCCUUAAACAUUUACAAGAUAUUAAAGUAAAGUUCUCUGACCCAGGACAGCCCAUGAGCUUCACGUUAGAGUUCCUCUUUGAGCCCAACGACUUCUUCACAAACACAGUGUUGACGAAAACCUACAAGAUGAGGUCAGAGCCCGACGAGAACGACCCGUUCUCCUUCGACGGGCCCGAGAUCAUGUGCUGCACAGGUUGCACGAUUGAGUGGACGAAGGGCAAGAACGUCACGUUGAAAACAAUCAAGAAGAAACAGAAGCACAAGGGCCGCGGCACCGUGAGGACUGUCACCAAAACCGUCCCCAACGACUCCUUCUUCAACUUCUUCACCCCCCCAGAGGUUCCAGAAAGUGGAGAGUUGGACGAGGACUCGGAGGCGGUUCUGGCUGCAGACUUUGAAAUUGGCCACUUCAUCCGUGAGCGUAUCGUUCCUCGGGCUGUGCUCUACUUCACAGGAGAGGCCAUCGAGGACGACGACGACGAUUACGAUGAGGAGGGAGAGGAGGCGGACGAUGAGGAAGGAGAGGAGGAGGCUGACGAGGAGAACGACCCCGACUACGACCCCAAGGUUUAAGUGAUGACAGUAGAAAAAUAACCCUAUCCUGAAGGAAGCAGCCCCCCCAGCUGAGUGCAAGCAGCAGUGAAGCCUGGCCCGGCUGCCUUGAGGAUCAACUGCACUGUAACGGCUUCUCAAAUUAAAAGAAGAAAAAAAAAAAAACCAGAUUAAAAAAUAAAUAAAAAAAUAGUUACUUACCGCCUUAUAAUGUUUUGUAUUUUUCUUGGUAGAGAAUUUGAAGAAAAAAAAAGUUUCACGAUUUUUGUUACAAAACCUACGGUAAUAUACUGGGAGCUGCGGCUCAAUAUACAUAGUAUUUUACUAGACCUGUUGUUUCCUUCUCUUCCUCCUUCUCUGUACAAUAGAUAGAAAACAGGAAAAAAAACUCAAAAAGCAUGAACUUGUUUCUUCACUGCUAAAACUAGUUUGAGUUCUUGUGAAGUCUUUUGUUGUAUUUGCUCUUAGACAACAGCUGUGGUUUAGACUGCAUCAUGGCAAUGUCAAUUUACCCCCCACCCCCCCUUCCGCUUCCUCCUACCAAAGUCCCUGGCUGGUCGGUUCUGGGUGUCCCAGGUGAAUAUUAUAUUCUUAGUGGGGCCUUUAGCACGUGUGAAAGCACUGUAGCAUUUCCAGCUCUGGGGUGGAGGACAGAUGAGAGACCUGCAGCCGGGAGUCUAUUCCAGUUUAUCUAAUCUGGCUGAGCGCGGGAUGCAGAGUUGGUGAUUUUGGCCACUUCCUGAGGCACUUGUGCUCAACUACUUUCCACUCUCACUACAUUCCAGUGAGCAGACUGGCCGGUGGGUGAAGCUCUCUUCACUUUAACUGAACACACUCGUCUAAUAUGAACACAGAUGAAGUUUGUUUCGACCUCUUUGUCACAUCAGUGGUCGCUCCCAGGGCUCGAUGCAGCACGGGCGAGUCUUAACAUUCCAGAGGAUUCUUAGGAUGACAGUUUGGUGGGGGCGUCACCCAGCCCCAGUAACCCGGUGCUUCAGGCUCCUCGCAGUGGCGCUGUCUCUUCUAUAGCACUUUGUACUACUGUGGUGUACCGGUGGCAUCCUAUCAUUGGUUAGCUGUCUGAGUUCUCCUUGUAAGCAGCACUUAGUUUGAUGCCCCUUGCCUAAACCGGCACGGGGGGGAGGGCAGUGCUGUGACCCCGCUCUGUGGAGAGUUCUUACUGGGGGAGGCCCACUUGGCCUGUUCAGAGAGGCUUUGUAGGAGCAGGGUCGGGCAGAUGUAGCACAGCGAAUGAAAAAAGAAAAGUCCAAACCAGGUUUUCACGCGUCUGUGGACCCUUUUUACCUCUCGUGUCACCAAGUCAUGACUGGUGGGUAACUCACACCGACCUCAGCCCCCGAGGUCUGAGUUCAUUUCUAUCACUGUGAAAGAAAGGGGAAGCGUGAUAAGGCCAUUGUGUUGGCCAAUGACCCACCUCCCUCCCUCCUUCCCCAAACACCUUCCUUUGUUACCCAGAAGGCCACAGGGACGCAUGUUAGAGCAAUACUUAGAGCCAGGAGGGGGACCGAGAAGAAACCGUAGCCUGCCUCCCUCCCACUCCUUUCUUAAUGCCUUUUAGUUGUGAAAACAGCCAAGUGUUGGUUGUGUUGGGCAGCAUCGUGUCCGCGGUGGAGAGCCAUGGUACUGCUCAUUCUGCAGGGAGUAUUCAGAUCAUGUUCAUUGGAAAAGGACGUGACAGGUUUGUGUAGGUCCUUCUGAGCAGCUGUUGUCGAGGCAAAAUGCUAUGCUACAAAAAUACUAAUGUACUCAAUAACUGUACGUGUAUGUUCAUGAAUAAAUUGGUUAAACAUG